GGUUUGCAUGUGACAUUGUUCUCAUCAGCAAUGAUGGAAAUGAUAUGGAAUAAACCAUUGAAGACCUUAGCUGACAAAAUGUAAGAGUAGGUCUGAAGAUUAAUGUGCAGACGACUAAGACAAUGUUCAAUGGUCUGGCAAGCGAACGAGAAUUCGUGAUUGGCAGUCAUCCCCUAGAAAAUGUGCAAGAGUAAGUUUACCCACGCCAAUUAGCCACAGGUAACAUUGAUCAUGAGGAGACAAUUGACAGAGGAAUAACUAAAGUUGAAGCGAAUAUGGUAGCGCUUACAUAUCCAUGACCGGCAGCUUACCGCUAUCCUUAAAAAGAAAAUUGUACAAUCAUUGCAUUCUAGCAGUUCUAAAAUAUGGGGAGAAAACUCGAAUGUUAGCACAGAAGCUUUAAAAUAAGCUCUAAGUACCAUACAACGGCCGAUGGAAUGAAAAAUAAUAGAAGUGACGUCAAGAGGAUAGUCGGACAGCAGUGUGGAUUACAGAGCAAGCCUGAGUGCCGAUAAUCCUCUUAGCAUUAAGAGGCAGAAGCGGACUUGGAACGGACAUGUCACGCAGUGGACAUAUAGCCCUUGUUCAUUUGGAGUUAAAGAGUGGGUACCAAGAAAUAGGAAGCGUGGUCAGAGACGGCGGACAACAGGUGGCGUAAUAAAAUUUUUUAAAAAUGUUUGCAGCCAAUUUGGCACUGUCAAAUGGCACAGGGCAGGGGUAAUUGAACAACGAUGGGAGAAGACUUCGACCUCCAGUGCACAUAAAGAUGUGCUGCUGAUGAUGAUCAAGACAAGGCAGGGCGCGGAGACAAGCACCACUCCUGGCAGACAAAACGAAGACAAAAGAAGUGUCAGCGAGACAUACAAAUGCCACAAGUAUUCAAUAAGGCAGGCGGCCAAUAGGAAAACGGAUUUGUUAUACAUGCCAAACAACGCGUACAACUCGGUCAUAGGAGAAGAAAAAAACAUGUGAUGGGAAUAUACAUCUUCAUAUAGGUGCGAGCAGGACAUUACGGUCUUUAGUUUUCUUUCCAGUGGUUCACGCGAUAACGAACAGCUUGAGUAAGUGUGAGCUGAAAAUUUCAGAUCAUUCUUCGUAUUUACAGUUUCCCUAAACCUACGAAGCACGAUCCACUGUAUUCCUGCAAAACUGUAUUCCUGCACGGGAUAUCUAAACUUGGCUAGUUCGCAACCAGCUGGCAACUCAUAAAUAGGGACGUUCUCUGGUGUCAUCGGUCUCUCCCGUACAUUACGACUCCAAAUAAAAACAAUUUGAUAGUCAGCGCACCUGUCACAUUCGUACCACUUGUCACGCUGUCCAAGCUGUUUACAAUUUGAAACGAUAUUUUUCUUGUUGCAUAUCUCUCAGCCUGAUCCACAUUUCGUUUUCUCAAUUUGAACGUCUUUACACGUGGAUACAAAAUCAGUACAAUCGAACAAGUAGAGGUGCUUACAAAGUGUGCGGGUGGUUUGGUUGCACUCGAAUAAGAGCAAUGCGCUUCAAGAGCUCGGGAAAAGAAACUAUAUAUUCACCGUUUUAGAGAGUUGCUCGACCCCAAGCGUCCUUCAGCAAUUUUACGAGAGGGAGAAGGGCUCGAAAUAGCGAGAGGAGGCGACGCGCCGCUGCGUAUACGUUUGCCACUCGGCUUCCCUCCCCAGUCCUGCUGGCUCCAAAGAGUGACGAUAUCUACGGCAGCUUACACAGCGGUCGCGUAUAGAGAUAAUCACCAUGGCCGCGGGGUCAUUGAACCCGCACACGUUGCGUUCCCUGCAGUACAGUAAAUAUCGCUGCUCGAUUCCUCGGCUCACAUUAGCCCAGCCUUGCGUGCAAAUUAUGCGAAAAGACCGGUGUAUUAGGACUGGUUCUUGGGACUUCAUAACACCAGCGUGUCUGUUGCACAAAUGGUCUAAGCGGUGACGUGGGCAGCCGUGCCUCGCAAGCUGCGAUGCCGAAAGUGUUCAAGAUUGCCGAUCAACAAGUAAAUGCCGCACUCACUAAAGCUCGACCAGCGCUGAACCUCGAAGAAGUCGCAAGGGUUGAACUCGGUGAAACACCUGAAACCAAAGCAGAGGCCUUGUUACGGCUACGUCAACUGUUAGCAGCGGAGCCAUCCUUGAAGAUUCCUUCGAGCGAUGACCUUCUUGUUAUCGGUCUGCGAGCCCGAAAAUACAGAGUGGAAGAAGCGUGCCAAGUGAUAAAAAACUACUUCAUCGCGCGGCGUGAUAUACCGGAGUUCUUUCAUGAAAUGAUCCCUGAGAAAGUUCCCUUCAGGACAAUUUGCCACGACCACAAACUCCUGAUGAUAUCGCCUGAGCCAGACGAAUAUGGAAGGUGCACGGUAGUCGUCAAAAUAGGUGCUUGGAACCCUGACAUCUGCAGCCUUGUGGACUUUACUAGAGCAGGGCUUGUGUUGGCCGGCAGCUGGCUCCUUGAAGAUUUUCCAUCAAUAUGUGGGGCCGUGUGCAUCUUGGACUUGAAGGGACUAAACAUCCAUCAUCUGACCCAGUUCACACCAUCCUACCUGAUGAAAGUUGCUAACAUUACGCAGGACUGCUGUCCCCUACGGUUAAAGGCUGUAUACAUAAUAAACCAUCCGAAAAUCUUUGAAAUCAUCUUUGCAGCGAUCAAGCCAUUCCUGCGCAGUAAGCUGCUAAGCAGAGUCCACUUCGUUGGCCAUGAUGUUUCCGAGUUUUGGGACCACUUUCCUCACGACCUUGUACCAUCAGAACUCGGCGGGGGGCGUGACCACUUCGAUUAUGAUCGUCAAGAGCAGUUUGUGCACAGCAGAAGCUACUUCUUCGAAAGCUUGUGCGCCAGCGGAUACAAAAAUAAUAAAACAUGAUAAGAGAUUGAUAAA